AUGAAAACUCUUAAGACAGUUACCUUGCUGGCUUCAAAACAACAAACUACAGCCAGAGCCUUCUCCACUACAACUUUAAUAACAUCCCAGAAAUGUCCACAUUUAAAUUCCGAAUCCUCCUCAGAAACAUCAACAUUAAACAAACAACCAUUGAAAAGAUUUGAUGAAAUGCCAGGCCCUAAGGGAUUACCAGUCCUUGGAAAUGCUCUUGAAUUGGCCAAACAUGCCAACAAUCCAGUUCAAUAUUUUACUGAAUUGGCUGCUAAAUAUGGUGAUAUGGUUAGAACUAGGGUUUUCAAUGAAAAGAUGGUUUUAUUAUCUGAUCCUCAAUUAGCUCGUGUCUUGUCUAGAGAAGAGGAGGGAAGAAUCACUCUCAAAGCUGGAAGACAUUACUCCCUCGACAGGGGAUAUCCACUCAUUCCAUUAUUUGCUUAUACACAUGAGAAUUGGAAUGACAUGCGUCAAGUUUUAAAUGUUGCUAUGAAGCCACAAUUUGUUAAUGAGAUUAUUCUUCCACAAUUAACUGAAUUGAAUAGUGAUUUAUUACAAGAUAUCAUCAAACAUUUCAAAUUUGAUAAGGAAAGACAACAGUUCUAUAUUGAAGAUCCAAAUAGAGAUGUCACAAGCCCGUAUGCAUUUGGCAGUGUAUUGAAAUCAAUUCUUGGUGGUCGCUUAUCAAAAGAAAAAUUGAGUCAAUUUGGUUUCACAGUGCGACAAUUCAUUGACGAUGGAAAUGUUGGUGCUGAUCUCAUUACAAAACUUCAAUAUCUUCCACAAAUUUACAAAUAUUACAAAACCAAAGAUUACAAAGAAUUUGAAAGAGUUUUGGAUUUGACUCAUACUAGAGUUGAACGAAUGAUGGAACUCUAUAAGGAAAAUGAAAGUGGAAAGGCAAGAUUAGUGGAAUAUUUUGAAGAAAGAGCAAAGGAAAGUAAUAUGGAUUCAAAAUGUGUUGGAGCAUGUACUGGAGCUCUGUUCAAUGCUGGAACUGAUGUUACUGCCAAAGUUUUGGCUAUUUUGCUUUACAGAGUAGCUAACGAGAAGGAUUAUGCUGAUAGGAUGUAUGAAGAGCUAGUGACUGUAUUUGGAGAACCAACUUUGGAUGAAAUUACAAGUGAGAAUGGACUUGUUGUCACUUCAGAAGACUUGAAACAAUUGAGAUUGUGUAAGAAUUUCAUAGAUGAAGUACUGAGGGUUGAUCACAUUAUUCCAAUCAGAAAUACAAGAUAUCUCUCAAAAGAUAUUGAACUGGGAGGUUAUCUUUUAGAAAAGGGAACAUUAAUCUCCUUUCUGGAUGAACUUAACACGCAAUCAAAAUAUGUUCCAAGAGGUUGUGAAUUUUUACCAGAUCGCCAUGAGAAGGGAUCUGAUUUGAGUGAACCAAAGGGUUAUCUUGGACCAUUUGGUCGUGGUGCUCGUAAAUGUCCAGGAGAAAGAGUUGCUGGAAUUGAAGUUUAUUUGACCUUGAUUAAUGUAGUGAGACAUUUCAAAUUAGCUCAUUCAAAUGGUGAUCAAUUUCCUCCAUUGUCAGCUGACAAGUCAAUGAUGUUUAUGGAUGCUUCAAAGUAUAGAUUAUUCUUCACUCCAAGAGACCAUUUAAUUAAUCAUUUAAAACAAUUAAACAAGUAUCAAUAA